CCACUUCCCAUGAUGCAUUUCGAAGGGGGGCGUCGUCACGCUCAUGGCCGCACGCUGCAUAGCGAGCAUGAAGUGAACUGUUAAUAACUCCUCAAUAAUAUUCCCAGUGUUUGUCCCCGGUCCUCAGUCCGGUCCAGUCCAGUCCAGUCGGUCCAGCAUGGCCCCAGAGGAGGACGAAGCUCUGCUGUUCCUCAUCUACCAGCACCUGAAGGUGAACGGCUACAAGAAGGCAGCCAAGGUGCUGGAAAAACACGUUACCCAGCUGGAGACACCAGAGGAGACUUCCAACCUACAAGAUAUCUACACAGGCUGGAUGAAGCUGUGCUCUCUAGCUCAAGAUGCCAAGCAGGAGACUGAAGACUCCACGAGUUUAAAGAAGGAGGGCAUCAAACCAGAGCCUGCCACCAGCGAAGAAGAAGGAGGAGGAGGAGGAGGAGAGGGCAAGGACGUCAAACCCUGCAACACCACAGAAGAAAACAACGUGGACGCCAAACCUCCACCUGAGUCAGUGACGGACGCUGAGGCGGUGUCUGAGCAGCUGAAUCCUGAAGGUGAAACCAAAACAACACAAGCAGACGGUGAGAGCUCCGACUCCUCUGACAGCGAGGAAGAAAAGAAGACGGAGGAGAAGAAGAUGGAGGAGGAGGAGGAAACAAAAACAGAGCAGGAGUCAGAUCCUAUUGAAGUGCAUGCCGAGGUACCCAACAAGGCAGAAAGCUCCUCAGACGCUGAGGAGGCGGCGGUCGAGCCGACCCCGGGCGAUUCGGGACAGGUCGACCCCAGACAAGCUGCCUGCGAUCAGGCCGAGGAUCAGCUCGCAGCUCAGCCUGAUCCGAGCGGUUUAGACAGCGAGAGGGGUGAGGAGCAUAAAGAGGACGGCGAUGGGCUGAAGCAGGAGAGCGAAGCAGCCACAGAUGUGAUCCAGGUGAAGGUCACAGAUGAAACCUCUGCAUCCGAACAGACAGCUGUCAGUCAAACGGAGGCCGCACCUUCCUCCACUCAGGAGGCAGAAGAUGAGGAAGGCGGAGCUGCAGAGCAGCUCAGCCAGGACGAGCCCAGCACGUCGGAGCCGACGGCUCAGGAGACCAACGACGAGCCGGCAGAGGCCGAAGCCCCGCCCCUCGCAGAGCCCGACUCUGAAAAUCCAAAAGAGGAGAAAGAAGAGGAGGAUGAAUCAAAGUCGACAGAGGACAGCGACCUCACGCCUCCUCUGAAGCCUGAAGAAGAAACGGAGACGACGACGACUGCAGAGGAGCAAAGCAGCACGACGGAGCUCGCCAUCACUGACGCUGAAAAUGUGACCGUGGCGGCGGCAGAAGAACGAGUCGACCCGGAGGUCUCCAUCAUCCUCAACAUAGUCGAAGGCGGUGAAGCAGCCGAGCAAGAAACAAACCCAGAGCUCCCCGAGGAAGCGCCCGAGUCGUGCAAAGAUGCCAAAACACCAAAGAAGAAGAAAAAGAAGAACAAAGAGGGCGUAGAGACGGCGAGCACAGACACAUCCGUCACAGAUACACAAAGUGACACUCCUCUUUCCCCCAAGACGGCCAGGAAGAAAAAGAAAGACAAAAAGAGACCGGAAGAGGUCGUGGAGGAGGAUCAGAAGAAAGAGGAGGAAGAGGAGGUGGUGGUGGAGGAGGAGGAGGAGGAGGAGCAGGAAGAGGACGUGUCUCAGACCACUCCAUCAAAGAAGAAGAAGAAGGCAAAGAAAAGAAAAAGGGAGAGAGAUGAAGCGGAGGAGAGAGACGAGGACGCUCCUGUGACUCCUUCGGAAAACAAAAUCAAAAAGAUUAGAGAGGUGGAAGAGGAGCAGAGCGAGGCUGUGGAGGUGGAGGUGGAGGUGGAGGAGGUGGUGGAGAAUCUUGUGAGUUCGGCGGAGGCAACGGAGGAGAAAAAGAAGAAGAAGAAAAAGAGGAAAAAGGAGGGAGGACAAGAAACAGUGGAGGUGCAGUCUGAUGAAAAACCAGCAGAGGGCGACAAAGACACAGAAAAGACUCCUGAUGCCACAGAUGAAACCGCCGCUCAGCUCUCCUCAGCCAAGAAGAGACGCCUGAGGAAGAAGCUCAGCCUGAAGAAGAGACUGAGACUCCAGAGAAAAGAGGAAACGAUGAAGAAGAGCAGCAGCAUGGCUUCAGGACAAACCUCCGCAGGAAGCAAGAAGCUCACAGGCAAAAAGAAACGAAAACAGACCCAGGAGGCAGCAGAGGAGACGCCUCGACCAAAACCAGCCAAAAGACCUCAACCCGGGGACGACGACGCACCAAAGAAGAAGAAAAAGACGAACGCCGAACUAGAGGAGAACUCCUCAAAGGAAAACCAGCCGCCCAAGAAGAAAAAGAAGAAGAGCUUGGCGGCAGAGGACGACGGUGGAAGCGGCGUGGUGAGCGCCGAGCCUUCCGAAGUUGACUCGUCUGCACCUUCAAAGGAGGCGAAGAAGAAGAAAAAGAAGAAGAUGAAGGCUGGAAAAGAGGAAGAGCCAACUCCCGUCACUGUGAGCUCAGCUGAGCCUGCGAAGAAAAAGAAGAAGAACAGAUUAAAGCAGAAACUGGAGGAGACAGAAGCGGCCGCGGACGAACAAACUCCUCCAACAGCUUCUAAGAAAAAGAAGUCCAAAAAGACGAUCACAGCUGAUUAAAUCUGGUGGUCAACGUCCGUGGAGAACGAUUUGUAUCUUGGACCUGAAACCCCCAAAAAACAACCCGACAUUCUGCGUAAUGUUUGUGCCUUUCCUCCUCCUCCUCUGAAAAGACAAACUUUUAGUAUCAUCACGUUUAGUUUUUUUUAUGUUUCGUCGUCUUUUUGCUCUAAAAGUGUGAAAACUGUUCAACUCACACUUCAUUUGUGUUCUUAAAGCAGAGCAAACAUUAUUCUGUUGUCAUGUUCACACAGCAUUUCUCACUGUGAGCUUCCUACCAAGGUCAGUUAGAUAUUUGGAGGUUUAAGAAGAAUUCAUAUGAUAAAUCGGCCGAUUUAUAUAAAAACAAUCUUCAUCUUCAUCCCUUUUUAAAAAAAAGAAAUAAACUAAACAUUUCAAAGGAGUCUCUGACCUUCAGUGUUGCAUUAAUUGGCACUAAUCAGCUGAUUUUAUUGGUGUAGCUCUACCUCGUAACAGCUUUUCUUUUUAUAACUGGAAGCUCCAUCGACGUUAAAUCAGUUAUUUUCUACGUUUCUUUAACUUUUUAUUCAACUACAAAAGCCUAACUUGACUGAUUUGGCAAUAAAAUGCUGAAUUUUUUAUUAAAAACGUGUCAAAAUGAGGAAAAAGCCUUUUUAUUGUGCGGAGCCCGAGUGAAAAUAAAAAAAAAAAAAGUACCAAAAGUCAAAGAAAAAUCCUCGCAGUGGAAAAUCAGAGACUGUUUGGAGGUUGAUUAUCCAAAUUGUUGGAGUUAGUUCUUCUUACUUUCAGCUGACUGAUUGUUUCAGCUCUAAUUACAAAUCUGAGCAGACGUUUGAUGUCAAAUUUGGGACCUGAGCAUUACUGCUACUCUACCUCUACCCUAAGCCUAAGCUGCAGUUUGAAUCUACAUCUACAUCAACAGUGACAGAAAUGAUGGAGGUAAACUUUCAUAAUCAGAUCUCUUCUUGGAAAUCUAAUUCAGGAACUCUGAAUGUCUCAUUGUUAGCGUCGUCCUCUGUUGGUUCACUGGGUACGACCGGUGAGAACUCAGUUUAAGGGAACAAGCUGUGAAACAUUUCAAACAGAUUUCUGAUGAACUUAUAUUCAUAGUUAGAUAUUUUUCUGUGUUUGAGGUAAAAAAAGAAAAAGUAGUUUCUGAGUUUUGUGUUUAUUCUUUGGGUCAUGAAGCUGUGAAAUUCAGUUUUUCUGUGUUUUGUUUACAGAGUUUUGUUGUUUACAUGCUGUUUUUCUUUAUAAUCCCCAUGAGCUGGUAACUGUGCAUCUGAUUAAAGCUUCCUGUUGCUUGGGGGGAAUAUUAAUGAGUCUCACUACGUGCAUUUUCUUUUUUUUUCUGUUCCUGAACCAACAUGUGAAAAAAUAAAAAACUGUUACAGCUUUCA